UCGUCUCGAAAAGUAUAUCUAACUCGGCUGUUGGCUGAAAUCGCCUCUUUUAAAUCGCCUCUUUCGGCAUAAAAAAGUGCAUCUUUUCGAGACGAGUGAUGCAAUCGAGUGACGUAAGCGCGCUCCCGCGUCAGGGGGUGCAUAUUAUGGCAGGGGUGCGUUUUCCGGCACAACACCGGCCUUUCGACGGGUCCGUGGUUGGAAAGUAAAGCGCAGUCCACCAUGAAAAGAGUCGUGAGGAACGUGCUGGAAAAGCAUCGAUAUAAAUACAACGGUAUGCUCAAAACUCUUUGUCUGGACCAGAAAGGGGACAACAUGGACUUUGUGGGUUCAGUAGCAAAGAGCCUCUUCUCAGAUGGGACCACAAACUGGGGCCGCAUUGCCAGUCUGGUGGCGUUCGGGGCGGUGCUGUCCCAGUACCUGAAGAACAAGGACAGGGGACACUGUGUGCCCCUGGUGGCCCAGGAGAUCUCUUCGUUCCUGCUGGAACACCAACGAAACUGGCUAGUGAAAAACAAUUCAUGGGAUGGUUUUGUAGAGUUCUUUCAGGAAGCUGACCCAGAGUCCGCAGUGAGGAAAACGCUUAUGGCCGUCGGGGCGACACUGGCCCUGUUGAUCAGGGGAAUUUGUCGUACUCUUAAAAAGCCUGAUUUUGACGUGAACAACGUUGAUGCUGGAUACAUGGAAGAACCUCCACGAUGCCCUCAGACUUACACAUGGAAAUGAAGGCUGAGCCGCAGUAUAGUUCAAUAUUUUUGGUUUUCAAACCUGCGGCCAAAGCAUUUUCGUCAUGGACACUUUACCUUUUCGAGCAGUUGAGAUCUAUUUAAUUUAUAAAUAGAUUUAUUUUUCUAAGAUAUCAAGUAUGUUUCUAUGCAAAUUUGAAAAAAGCAUUUGGUCUGAUCAGCGCCGUGUUGUAUGACUUUGAAGAUAGCGACAUAUUCCACGCGCAGCAACCACGAAUCCGAUUUCCAUAAGUCUCAUUCCCGACCGCCCGGCGAUCCAUCCCCGGGAGCGGAACAAGGCACGCUUGCAUCCGCGUGGCACGACGAUCCCUCCAAGUGGGCUCGGCGCCACGGAGCGACUCCCACAGAACUUUGGGACGUAUCGGGGCUUGCAAGCUCCCCAGAUCCAGGAUUCACUCCCAAGGAUGGAGUUGGGGAGCAAAGUGCAAAAUAGCGCGGGACAGUGCGAAGAUGAUGCUCUUUCGGUGAGGGCGGCAUCCAGCUGUGAGCUGCCAAGAGUUGUGUAGAUAAUGUUGGAAUUAUUAGUUAAUAAACUAUUCACUUGAAUUAUUUUA